UAUCUCGUUUUCAAGGGUCUGAAAAUGCACUUUUAAUUGUACAUAUUCAAACCUUAGAUAGGUAGUGUCCACUCGCCUCACCCUUACAGUGUCAGACAUAUGAUAAGGAGGCUGAGAUAUAAUUAACUCCUGCACCUUCUCGAUAUGUCCGGUCAGUUUUCUUUUGGAUUUUCCGGCGACGAUAUAGAGGAUGACGGGCAGUCAAACUCUGCAGGCCCACAGGUCAGCGCAUCUACGCAGCCGCAGGCGUCGGCUAGUGCAUUUCCUGUGCCAGGAAAACCUUUACUCCCGGCCACCAGUCAUGACUUACACCACAUGCUUUCUCAGCUACCGUCAAAAAUUGCUUAUGGCAUCUUGGAUAUUGAUCUAGACGGUGCUGGGAACAUUCAGCUCCCCCGCCGAGAGCUAUGGGACGUCCGGGUUCAGCUCAUGGCCGAAGAUGACGGAGGUGAUACCGAACCCGGACUGGGCAAUCAUGAUGUGAAGACCGGAGUCUAUGAAGGCGGAUUUAAAUCCUGGGAGAGUAGUGUGGAUCUCGUCAAGGUCCUCUCGCUGUCGAAAUCCUUCCUUUCUGACAUAGACACGGUCCCGAGGUUGAUCGAGCUCGGUUGCGGCACGGCUCUCCCCUCAUUGGCGCUCUUCCAGUGGAGCCUCAGUCUUCGGGCGCCUGAGAAGAGCUCUGCUCUCUCCAUAGUCUUGGCCGACUAUAAUCCAACUGUCCUACAGCUCGUAACACUGCCAAACUUUGUCUUAAGUUGGGCUCUUCAUCAACGAGCAGGUUCGCCCCUGCUAGAAAAUGCCUUCUCAUCAGAGGGGGAGCUAGAUCUGACACCAGAAGUUCUUAAAGCCUUCGAUGAAUUCCUAACGGCUCGCAAGAUCUCUCUUUCAUUCUUUUCAGGCGCCUGGUCUACCGAGUUUAUCCGGCUCUUGAACUCCGAUAAAACUCCCAAAAUAGGGAAUAACUCCGGUCAGCGAACAAUUAUACUUGGUGCAGAGACAAUUUAUUCCCCUUUUGCUCUCAGCGCAUUUACGCAGACCAUAUUCUCUUUGCUCGAAGAGGAAAAGGCGCAGGGUAAUGCGGCCGAAGCAUUAGUUGGUGCCAAAAAACUCUACUUCGGUGUGGGUGGCUCGUUGGACGACUUCGUUACGAAGACUCGAGAGAUGGGUGCCAAUGUUGAAGAGCUCCGAGAAGAGGCGGAAGGCGUCCGUCGCGGUGUUGUUCGUUGCAGCCUUCCUUAAAACAUCCAUCAUAGCUAUCCAAGGCCCUAGGUAAAUCUAUGAUAGCAACGGACUGUAGCUUUAGGAAUCGUCAGAUCCUGAGCCAUAAUCAGAGCCGCCUAUCUCGAAUACCGAGAAUGUAUCUUGGGGUCACAAAACUGCUGUUUCCUCAUUAGAAAUCAU